UCCAGAGUCCUUGUAACCACUUUUAAAAAUGACAAAGAGAUUGCCAAAAAAAUUCUCCAUGUUAACAGUGUCAUGGACAUAAUUGAUCAAAGCCUAGCCAAGCAAACUGGCUGCGUGCUUGACAGGUUGUUAAAGUAUAGUAGUGAUUUUAUGGAAUAUAUUGAUGUUGACAUGAAUGAGGAGGAACUGAAGGAUUUGGAUAAAUAUCACAUCUUCCUAUCAACGCAAGGGACUUGGGUUGAACAUUUGGAGGAAAAUCAAAAUCAGGAUCAACCACACACUGAAGAUGCAGGUGGUCCAAGUGUUCACUGGGAGACUGAACCAUUGAGUGCUGGUGAAGUUUGUCAAAGUGGCCCACUGGAGAAAUGUCAUGAACAAAUUGAUAGCAUGCACAGAUUUGAUGCAGCCAGUCUGGUGGCGCUAAUUAAGAACAAAGCCCCAAGUGUACUUUCAGAAUAUGAAAAAUCUGGAACGCUCUCACUGGCAUCCAGAAAAGUCCUUGUGAGAACAGGUGUCAGCGAUCUGGUUGAGCGAAAGGGAUUUUACCCUUCCAGUGGUGACAAACUGAUGUUGGCCAAAAGCAUAACAACAGUCUUCCCCUCACUAAAGAUCAAGAUGCAAGAAGAGAAUGAAGGAUUUGAGCACUUUUAUGAUCCGGUGUCCCACUGUGGGUUCAUUGAGAUGAAACUGAGGAACCUGCGGAGAAACCUUUGUGAGGAUCAGAGAAGGUAUCACAAGCGCAGGAGAUCCAGUGAGCCUUCUGGAGCAACUGUAACUCUACAAGUGAUUGCAGAAGGGGAAGAAGAGUCCACAAGGGAUUGGAUAACAGCCACCAAAAGGAUGAGACCAUCUCCUGAGAACCUCGCAUCUAUCAAAAUGGGCAUGGAGAAAACCUUCAACAACCGCAGAUUCUGGAUCUCAAGCCAGUCACCAACAGUAGCAGAGAUUUUCCAGGAGUACCCACGCUUUGUAGACAUGCCAUAUUUGCUUGAUGCAGAGUUUGCGAGAAUGUUUCCGGGCAAGGAAGAUCUCUUCCUUCGGAAAUGGGAAGGACAGAUUGUUCCAAAACUCCUGAAAGUGGCUACACUUGAAAAUGAAAAUGAUCUUAGUGAUCUGCCAGCUAGUGAGGAGAGCGAUGAGUCAGUUUGCUUCAGAGCCCUGAAGUUACUCACCCGUUAUCUACCUCCAACUGCAUCAGGGAGGAACAAAGGGUGGACAAAAUGCAGUGUCAAAUCAGCCCUGUCCUACAUAUUGGAAGUGAAACCAACUGGAACAAGCAUCCCCAGCCUUCUACAAAGACCAUUGGUGGCAGCAGCCAGAGGAGCAGAAAUGGGAGUCCACCAGCCCAGGCUUGUGUGUUUAGGACAUCCCAGUGCAACAACAGCUCAGUACAUACUUGUGGCAAAGAAUGACAAAGUCGCCAUUCCCCUUGAAGACGAAGGAUUGACAUGCGCACUGGACAAGUUGUUCAAAAUGUUGUGGGUUUGUAACAUAGCCUAUCCUGCCCAACUUGACUCAGUGUAUUCUUUUUUUGAGCAUGUUUAUGACUUACCAAUCUCGUGUGUAAAGAGGUCAAAGGUUUUGGAGUUAAUUGCCAAGCUUCAAGCAGUUGUAUAAGUUAGGAUGUACACGUGUCCCAAGUGCAAGAAGUCAAUUUCAAACAGAGUAAGGACACUAAUCAGACAUCUUAGGCAAGUUCAUGCCAUUUCUGAUGGACAGGACUUUACAAUUGUAUGUAGUCAAAACCACUGUCAAAGAACAUACCAUAACUUAAAUUCUUACACCAGACAUCUCAACAGGGGACACAUUCCAGUUGCUAAUCCACAACAUUUUGAACAAGGCAGUUUCAGUGAUGUAUUGGAGGAUGUUUCUAUGCCAUCUUGCUCUCAUGCUAUGGAUCCUUCUAAAAGUAAUUUGGACACUGAUUUGGACACCCCUAUGGGUGUUCAUUUUUCAGACCAGCGUGACUGUGCAGCAUCGUAUGUUGCCAAAAUGUAUUCCUCAUCAAAUUCCACCUUAACUGAUGUACAGAAAAGCAUUACAUGCACCAAAGAGCUACUAGAGAAGACGUUGGACUCUUUAAAGGAGAAAACUGCAUCUGUGUUUAAUAGCUACACCAUUUCAAUUGAUGAUGAAGCUGUCCAAUUUUUGAUGCAGGAUUUUGAAAAUGCACAAAAUAUGUUUUCAGAGGUAGACACGCCCUACAAAAUGUGCAAAUAUUUUUCUGAAAAACACUCCCUUGUCAAGCCUACAGAAAUUUUCUUAGGAUACAGAGGUGACACAGCAAGAAAGCAGGGUAAAUUGACUCAAGUACUGGCUGCAGACACUUGCCAGUAUAUCUCUAUUGUUGAUACUAUAAAGUUUCUCUUUGGCAGUGAAAAGAUGCAGAAACUCUAUAAGCAAUCAAACAAAAGUGUUGAUGGUAAAAUGCGCGAUUAUUGUGAUGGCACACAGUUUGCAAAUCAUACAUUAUAUAGCAGGUAUCCCAAUGCCCUACAAAUGCAAUUAUAUUUUGAUGACUUGGAAACGACUAAUCCUUUGGGGUCAAAAACUAAAGUUCACAAAAUGGGAGCUGUUUACUUUUGCUUGAGAAACUUGCCUGUGGAAUUCAACUCCUCCCUUGCGAACAUCCAUCUCUGUCUACUUUUUAAUUCUAUAGACAGGGAAGUGUAUGGCUUUGACAAAAUAUUUGCACCUUUGCUGGAUGACAUUCGAUCUCUUGAAACGGAUGGGAUAAACGUUGAAAUUGAGGGUCAGAUUUCUCUUCUCCAUGGUACUGUCUGCCUUUUGACUGCAGAUAAUCUUGCAUGCCAUUCACUUGGAGGGUUUUUAGAAAGCUUUUCAGCAAACAGAUUUUGCCAUUUUUGUCUAACUGACAAACAAGCGGCCCAGUAUGUGUUUGAUGAUGAUCACCAGGAAUUUCGUAACAAAGUAAACUAUAAAGAACAUGUUGUGCAUAACGAUCCAACUUUAACAGGUAUAAAAGGGGAUUCCUGUUUAAACUCACUGAAUUACUUUCACGUGACUGAAAAUAUUUGUGUAGACAUUAUGCACGACAUUUUAGAGGGUGUUGCCUUGGUUGAAUUAAAACUGAUGUUAAAACAUUUCAUCUACGAUGAAAAGUUGUUCACAUUAGAGCAGUUUAAUGACAGAUUGGUAAGAUUCGAUUACGGUUUUGCAAAUGAAAAAAACAAACCAACUGUCAUUCUUAACUUGAGAACAUCAGAUAAUCCCAUAAAACAAACAGCAAGUCAGAUGUGGUGUCUUUUGCUCUUUUUACCCUUUCUAAUUGGAGAUUUUGUAAGUGAACAUGAUCAACAUUGGAAAUUGUUCCUUCUCCUCAGAGAAAUCUGUAGCAUAAUAUUUGCCCCAGUUGUCAGCAUUGGACUUUCUGUCUUUUUAAAGCAGUUGGUUAUAGAUCACCAUAAUUUGUUCAAGAUUGUUUAUCCAGACAGACCACUUACCCCGAAACAUCAUUUUAUGACUCACUAUUGGCGCAUUAUGAUAAAGUUUGGCCCACUUUUGAAGUUAUGGUGCAUGAGAUUUGAGAGUAAGCAUGGUCCCCUGAAAAGACAUGCCCAUGUUGUGUGUAAUUUCAUAAAUAUUUCUAAGACUUUAGCUUACAAGAAUCAAGUUCAAAGUAUGUAUAACUGGAAAUUUAGUGACCCACUGAUGAAAAAAAUGACUGUCCCAAACGCCUUGUCAGUGAUGGUUGGAUCUUUGGAAAAAAGUAAUCUGUUAAUUGAAAAUCUGAAAGCACAUGGGUAUGAUAUUGGUACUUGCAACACAAUUCAUGUGGCUCACUCUGUCUGUUGGCUUGGUCAGACAUAUAAAACUGGUUGUGUUCUUGCUUUAAACUGUGAUGCAAGAGGUGAGCGUCUAUUUGGAGAGAUUGUACACAUGGUUCCCAAUUGUGAAAAGGAGGAGGUGCUAUUUUUUCUCAAAAUUUUAACUGUGAAAUAUUUUAAUGACCAUCUGUUUUCAUAUGUGGUGGAGCGGACUGAAGAGUAUGAAAUGAUGAAUGUAAAAGAUGUAGCAGACAUCAGACCACUAGACUUGCUGUCAUCUUUCAGUGGAAAUGCACUAUAUGUAAAUCCAAGAUACAAACUGAUUGUUUAAAUUUGCAUUACUGUGAAAAGCUUUACCUGAGACACACCUGAGUCAGUCACUUGCGUGUAAAGAAUAGUUAAUGGUUUAUCCUGCUUUGUGGUCAUGCAGUUAAUGACGGUGUGACCUGAUGUCCCCUGCAGCGAUCAUUUACAGGUUAUCCCAUUGUUGAUUAAUUGUUUGAAUGUUGAUGAUUUUUUUUUAAUGGAAUUUGAAUGUUUGCCAUGAGCUGUUUUUCCUUAAAUUUUCUGCUGUGACAGAAUU